CUGCGUUUUUGAAUUAAAGACUUCAUUUUUAUGCAGUUUAGCGUGAACCCUUUUGAUCUUGUUGCUUAAGGGUCUACUUUAUUUGAUACACCAGAAGAUUUAUGAGUUGGGUGAGUAAGCUUUUCAAAGGAAAUCAUUCGGGUGAGGGAGUGGGAAGUGGACAGGGGCUGCAGCCUGAGUCUCUUGGGGAGGAAAACAUGGUUUGGCGCACUUCAUUUAGAUCUUCGGCAGUUCAGGAUGUCCACCCCACAGCCAGGGAAAAAGACGAAUUAGAGCAUGCAAUUGCACUCUCUCUGGCAGAAGGUUUGAAGCAGCCUACCGGCAACAGGUGGAGGGAAGGCUAUGAUGAAGAUGUACCACGACAAUUUCGUGGUGGUGGUGGUGGUGUCACUGCAUCGCUCCCAACGCCUCCUUUCUUUCUUGCGUGGGCACCAAUGGAUUACUGUGUAAGAGCCAAAAGGAUAUGCAAUGGUUGCCACCGAGACAUUGGCUAUAGAAACUAUUUGGGAUGCAUGGGGAGUUUGUACCAUCCAGAGUGUUUCCGUUGUCAUGCAUGCAAUUCCCCUAUCAAAGGCAAUGAGUAUUCACUUUCAGGGAAUAAAGCGUACCAUACGAAUUGCUUCAAAGAACUAAGCCAUCCCAGAUGUGAAGUCUGCCAUCAAUUUAUCCCGGCUGACAGGUCUGGAUUGAUUGAGUAUAAAUCCCACCCCUUUUGGGGUACGAAAUAUUGCCCUUCACAUGAGCAUGAUAGCACUGCACGUUGCUGCAGUUGUGAGCGACUCGAGUCAUGGAAAGCAAGAUAUGUAUCCCUUGGAGACGGUAGGAGCAUUUGCUGUGAGUGCUUGGAGUCUGCGAUAAUGGACACCGGGGAUUGUCAACCGCUUUACCAUUCCAUCAGGCACUUUUAUGAGGGUUUGUACAUGAAAAUAGAUCAACAAAUUCCUAUGAUCCUUGUUGAAAGACAAGCUCUCAAUGAAGCUAUCGUAGGCGAGGGAAAUGGCUCCCUCCACAUGUCUGAAACAAGAGGCCUGUGCCUGUCUGAGGAGCAGACAGUUAGCAGCAUACAAAGGAAGCCGAGAAUGGGGGGCCGUGUUUUUGUAGGAAUGAGAACACAACCUCUAAGACUAACUCGAAGAUGUGACGUUACAGCUAUCUUGAUUUUAUAUGGUCUACCAAGAUUACUGACUGGCACGAUUCUUGCACAUGAGUUAAUGCAUGCAUGGUUACGGCUUAAUGGUUAUCGCAAUAUGGACUUCGAACUAGAAGAAGGAAUUUGCCAAGUGCUUGCUUACAUGUGGCUUGAGUCAGAGGUGACUCCUGGACACAGAAACAUGCCAUCAACGUCAACAGGUUCAUCCUCGAAGAGUGGUAGAAAGUCUGCUAUGGAAAAUAAGUUAGGGGAGUUUUUUAAGCAUCAGAUAUUGCAUGACGCAUCUCCAGCAUAUGGAGAUGGUUACAGAGCUGCUCAAGCAGCCGUGAAUAAAUACGGUUUGAGGUCCACUUUGGCUCAUAUCAAUAUGACGGGCACUCUCCCCAUUUAGACCUUCCAGAGCUGAAUCAUUCAGUGCCUGUCCCUCACACGUUAGAUAUUGCUGUAGAACAAUACAAAGGAAAAUGAGACAGGAUAUAUGUUCUCCCAUAUUAUAAUUUAUUAAUUAAUUAAUGUCUACUUUAUGUGUUGAGCAAUUCUGUGUGAACCUAUGAAAAACAAAUGCAUUCCCGCAUUCCCGCAUCAACCUUUCUUUAUGUCAUUUUUGCUUUAUCCUUUUCUAUAACGUUGUUAUGUCAUUUCAUAUUGUACACAUUGCUGUCUUUUACUCUUUAACUCGUUUAUAGUGA